CAACAACAUUGGGCACAUGUGUCAUGUGCUUUACUUAUAUUUAAAAAUUAAAAUAAAACUUGUUUUUUUUUUCAUUUGAAUUAAAUCUAUAUUGCUUAAAUAUAUAUUAAUAUUUACUUACAUAUUAUAUGAAUACCAACCAAUUUCAACCAUGAGAUUUAAUUACAAGGUAUAUUAAAAUUGUAUAAUAUAUCUAAUUUAUUGAAUUAUAAUUUUAAUUAUUGUUUAGUUUUCAAACAUUCUUGGAACGGUUUAUCGUAAAGGAAAUUUGAAUUUCACCCCAGAUGGAAAUAGUGUUAUAAGUCCAGUGGGCAAUCGGAUAUCAAAAUAUGAUCUGAAGAAGUAUUCUUUCAUCAAUUUAUUGAGUUCCGAGAAUAAUUGUUUAACUUCUAUCUUUUUUUAAUAAUUUAGUAAUACAUCGUGUACACUGCCAGUGGAAAGCUCACACAAUUAUGAACAAAUAGCCAUUUCACCAGACGGCAGUCUAUUAUUUGCUGUCAAUGAAGGUUUGUACAUAUUUCUACCAAAUUUUAUAAAAACAAAUAGGUAAUUCAGAUUUUAAUUUUACUCUUGUACCCCUAGUUGGAGAAGCGGACUUGAUAAGUUUAAUAAGCAAUAAAGUCAUACAUAAGUACCGGUUCAAUAAUAAAGUACAUCAUCUGAGUUUUAGUCCUGAUGGAAAACAUAUUGCAGCUUGUAAGCUUAAUAAAAGUAUGUACCUCACUCACAUUCUAAUUCAUUAAUUCUGUUUACAAAUUUAAAAUCAUUACGAGUGUAUUGUUAGUUUUCAUAUUGCAAACACCUGGCCACUUUCUUGGGCAGUUUAAUCAAUUUGCUUUGGAAAGAGUUUUCAGUGAUAUUCUAGGAGAUACUACGUUUGUUGCAUGGACUGAUGAUUCUAGGUAAAUAAAGUAGUACCCAUACAUUUGUAUUUAGGAGUACACGGAGUACACAUACUAUAUAUAAUGCUUACUAUAAAUUCUAUCAACAUUUCAGUAUUUUUGCAGUAGGCAGUAAAGAUGCUACAAUGAGACUAUACACAUUAGGAAAUUAUUCAAAUUUCCGUCCAUAUUCACUAACUGGACAUUCUGAUUCUAUUAUCGGAAUAUUUUUUGAAGCAAAUUCUUUAGACUUGAUGGCUGUUAGCCGGUAUGUUUUAGACCAACCAUGUUAUAAAGUAAUCUAACAUUGUUUAAUGUCCACUUUAGAAAUGGUCAUUUAACUGUUUGGCAGUGUUCACUAAGCUUAAACGAAAUGAUUACAGUUGAAAAUAUUGAUAAAAAACGAUUAAAGUUAAAUGAUGACGAUGAAGAUGAUAUUGAUAUGUCUAAAGGAGAAGACAGAGAACGUUACUUAACCGACAAAGAAGGUAUUUGAUAAAUUUAAAUGGCCUGUUAAAAAAGUACUUUUAAUUAUGUUUUGUUUAUUGUUUUAGAAAAAAACAAUAUAAAAACAUUACCCAAGGAUAGUACAAAUUUGUUAAGCUAUCGUAAAUUGUCAAGACAUUUUCUCAAUGACCACUUAAAGGAAGAACAUAGCAAUUUAAAAAUGACUGCAGCUGAUUAUCAUAAAAAAGUCAAAAUACUGGUUACUGGUUUCUCAAACGGAUCAUUUUUAAUUUUUGAAAUGGUCGGAAUAUCACUUAUUCACUCUUUAAAGUAAAGUUCUCUUUAGUAUAAAUUUAUUCCUUAUGUUAUAUUGUAUUGCUUAAUAUUAUAUAUUUUAUUAGUAUUUCAGACACCAGUAUUAGUACCAUAGUAUUAAAUAAUACCGGCGAUUGGCUUGCAAUAGGCUGUGAAGGGCAUGGUCAAUUAUUAGUUUGGGAAUGGCAGAGUGAAACCUAUGUUAUGAAACAACAAGCCCAUGGUUCUGAAAUAUCUAGUUUAACAUAUUCUUCCGAUUCUGUAUAUAUUGCCACUGGUGGUGAAGAUGGAAAAGUAUUUUAAAUUUUUAAAGAAGUCAAUCUUUGACAAUCUAUUAUAUCAAGUACUUGUUUGUCUCAACUGAAUGUCCUAUAAACUAACUUUGGUACCCUUAAAGAUAUUUAAAUUGUUAAAAUUGAUCACAACAUAUUGUACCUUAUGAACACUAAGUAGUAUUGUUGCUUAAUAUCUAUCAGAAUCAUAAAAGUUGGUUUGUGGGUUAUUAGAAUUUCGAGUAUUUUUAGUCUCUUGAUCUAGAUAUCGGACUGGAAGUUAAGAUUGGUUGGUCAAGAUGGUUAUCUUUAAAUCUCAAUGGCCGUAUAAAGAUAAAUAGUUUCUCUGUACAAUUUAAAUUAAAUAUUAUUUUUAAUUAUUAUAAUUUAUAAACUUAAUUGGAAUUGAGAAAACAAGUACCACAUAUUAUUUAUAAAUUCAUAUUCAUACAAUUUUAAUUUUAGGUAAAAAUGUGGAACAAUCAAUCAGGAUUUUGCUUUGUUACAUUUAAGGAACACACGAGUACAGUUACAGACGUAGUAUUUGCACCCAAUAAUAAAUUUGUUGUAUCCUCAUCACUGGAUGGUACUGUUCGAGCUUUUGACUUAGCGAGGUUAACAUUAAUUGUCUGUAAUAAUAAUUUUAUUAUUGUUAAACAUUAAAUUUUUUUCUUACAUAGAUAUCGUAACUUCAAAACAUUUGUGGCACUCCGGCCGGUGCAGUUCAGUUGUGUAUCUAUUGAUUCUACUGGAGAAUUUGUAGCUGCUGGUGGACAAGAUGUAUUUGAAGCAUACCUAUGGUCUAUGAAAAUUGGUAGAUUACUAGAAGUAAGCAUCAUAAAUUAUUAAAUUUAAAAAAUAAAUAUUUAUUUGGUGUUAUCCCAGGUCUUGUCAGGACAUGAAGGACCAAUAGUAAGCUUAGCAUUCAGUCCUAUAACUUCUAGUAGUACAUUAGUAACUGCUAGUUGGGAUAAAUCUUUACGUAUUUGGAAUGCUGUAGAAAAUGCAUCAGAUCAUGAAAUCGUACAACUUUUUGCUGAUGGUAAUUAUAUUAAUUAAUAAUUAUAAAACAUGUAUUAAUAGGACUAUGUGUUUAUAUUAUUUAGGUUUGUGUGUUGCAUUUCGGCCUGAUGGUAAAGAAAUAGUUGUCGCUACAUUGGAUGGUCAAUUAUUGUUUUUUGAUGUGCAAACUGCAACUCAAGUAGGAAGUAUUGAAGGCAGAAAUGACCUUGGAAGUGGUCGAAAAGAUACAGAUCUCGUCACAGCUAAAAAAAAUCUUCAAGCAAAGUAUUACAGUUUUCAUAUUUAAAAAAAUAACUAUUGUUUAUUUUUUAUUUAAAGUAAUAUUUAUUUAUUUUUUUUUUUUUUUCAGAGCAUUUAACUCAGUUUGCUAUUCAGCUGAUGGACAAUUUGUAAUUGCUGGUGGCCAGUCGAAAAAUGUUUGUAUCUAUAAUGUUGCUCAAGGUAUUUUAUUAAAGAAAUUUGAGAUUACACAGAACCAAUCAUUUGAUGCUGUUCUUGUGAGUAACAACAAUUUAUUUUACAUAAUUUUUAUGAAAUUGGUUGGUAUCAAAAUUAUACAUAUUAUAACGUAUAUUAAAUAUUAAUAGGAAGUUAUCAACCGCCGUAAAAUGACAGAAUUUGGUAACAAAGACCUAGUUGAAGAGCGGGAAACAAGAGAAGGAGGAAAUGUUAGGCUUAAAUUACCUGGUGUCCAAAAAGGCGAUUUGGCUGCAAGAACUUUUAAACCAGAAGUUAAUGUUUUUGAUGUUAAGUUUUCUCCUACUGGUAAUAAUUUUUUUUUUCAAAUUGAGAUAUUAAAAAAUAAAAUUAAAAAUAAAUUGUAUUAGGUUUAUCGUGGGCAGCUGCAACUACAGAAGGUAUUUUGGUGUAUUCACUCAAUAGUGGAUUUGUAUUUGACCCCUUCCAUUUGGAAAUAGGAAUAACACCAAAGAAAACAAGAGAGACCUUAAAUAAAAAGGAAUAUGCAUCAGGUGAGAUGAAUUUAUAAUUUCCUAAAUUUUAAAUUCUUAUUCCAAACAAAAUUAGUGCUUUAUAUUUUUCAACUAAAAGUUAAUUUAAUGCACACUAAUUAUACAUAAUACAUAAGUGGUAUUUUGUUUCUCUGAACAUUUGGAAAAAAUAAAAACAAAUUUCUAAGAUAAAUUCUAAAUUUUGUCCAAUAUUAUUUUGUGAAUAAUUUAGUUGUUACAUUCACGUUUAAUACAAUAUAAUACUGGUUAGUGUCUAUUUUGUUCUUGCCAAAUUGCAUGAUUUUCAAAUCCAUAUAAAUAUACUUAAUUGUAAUCUAUUAUUUCCAGCUUUAAUGAUGGCAUUACGGCUCAAUGAACCAAAACUUACUUCUGAAAUUUUAGAAAAUAUACCACCAAAUGAUAGUAAGUGUUUUAAUGGUAAUUCUUGAAAAUAGUAUUAAAUUAUAUGUUUUUUUUAGUUGAAUUAACUGUGGUUUCAUUGCCUCAAAUUUAUGUAGAGAAAGUUUGUAAGCAUAUUGCGAUCAUCCUAAUAACCACAAUACACAUUGAAUUUUAUGUUAAGUGGAUUAAAUGUCUGUUGAAUUCUCAUAAACCGCAUAAGACUAUAGUUUUAACACUACAAUCAAAUUUAUCUAAAAGAUAUUCAGAUUUAUCUAAGGUGUAAGUAUUUAUUUAUAUGAAAUAACAAAGGUUACAUAAUUAGUGUUAAUAAAAACUAUUAUUUAUUUUAUUAACAAUAUUUAGUUAAUAGAUAAUAUAUUUAAAAUUGUAGUAUACUUUUAUUUUUAAUAAAUUGAUUUGAUUAUGGUGAAAAUUAUUUAAUAAAAUAAAAAUAAAUUUAAUAUUUAUGUAUUUUGUUUUACAGAUGUGAUUAUAACAAAUAUACACUCAAGGUUAUAAAGAGGAUAGCUAGUUUACAAAUAAACAAAUGUAAAGAAGAAGUGAAAUCAGAAUAUGAACUGAUGGAAGUAGAUGAGAACAAUGUAAUUUCUAUUCAAUGACUAUUAAAAUGAAUGUGCAUAUAAAUCUUAAUAAAUUCUAUAUAUGUAA